CAAAUUCCUUUUUUUAUUAUAUGUUUCUCUCAACUUUGUGUUUUCGUAUCUUUAAUACGGUUUAUUAACAGUAGACCGUUUCAAAUUAAUCCAAACUAUACUUUUAAGCUUUUUGGAAAUCAAACUGUUUUCCUGAUAAACUUCCUGGAUGCGUUUUUAUUUAUAUAAUAAUCAAUUUCUAUCAGAUAAGUGCCACUAAUAAUUACCUGGAAACAUUUAGUGUUUUUAUGUGGAGGAUGUGGCGCAUAAUGACCCUGGUGGUUUUUUGCUGCGCUGGACGCGGACUGGAUGGUCUGGACCCCUCCGGUCCCAGGACCCUCGGUAAGCCGGACAGAGGGGCCUCUUCUCCUGGAAGGACUGAGGACAGAGAUGGGAGAGUCGCUCCAGCUGGGAGUUUGCAGCCCACCAGUGAGCCUCUGGAGGAAGAGCUGGACAACCAGGAGAAUAUAAUAAGCCAGCUGCUUGGAGACUAUGACAAAGUUAAAACAGAGUCGUCUGGGUCCGACUGUGUGUGCCGAUGUGUAGUCCGACCAAUCAAACGCUCUGAUUGUAGCAGCCUUCGUGACACAGAUCCAGCAUCACUCUCCCAGGACUUUUACACCGUGGAAACAAUCACCAAGGGAACAGACUGUAAGAAGUGUGUGUGCAUGGCUCCUCCUUCGGCCGUUAACCCCUGCGAGGGAGAGUACAGGUUUAAAAAGUUACAGGAAGCAAGCAAAGACGACAUAAAGCUGGCAACCAUCAUUGACUUAUUAGAAGGCUCUCUAUAUGGAAUGGAUUUGUUAAAGCUUAACUCUGUGACCACAAAACUGCUAUCUAGGGUGGAUAACCUAGAGAAGGUUUUCUCAAGGAAUUUCACUGAAAGGACAAGAGAGAAAGAGCGCGUGAAGGAAAAAAAUAAAGACAAAGAUAAAAAGGUUCAGCCUAAGAAAAAGAAAACCAAUGACUUGGAGCGAUCUGGGGCUGCUGCCUCCGGCCAAAAGCAGAAAAAUCCUGAAGGUCAAAUAAAGAAAGUCCAACAGCAAGAUGGUCAGGUGCAACAGCAGCCAUCUAAGAAUGAGACUGAAACUAAAAGUACAGUCAAAGACAAGAACAAUAUGCUUAUUAGGGGAGUGACCUUCUACAAGGCAGAUGAAGACAGCUUCAAAGAGAAAGAAGAGAACAACCAAAACACAGGGAGAGGAAAGAAUACUGUUUUAACCCAAAAAGACUUGAAGUUACCAACUGUGACCAGAAGUCCAUCACUUCCUUUAAAACCAAACAAUGAGCCCAAAUCGAAAGUUCUGAGCAACUCUUCACUCACCCAUCAGCCUAAAGCUCCAUCAACCAGCAGCAAACAAGCAGCUCCAACUAAGUCAACUCCCUUAAUCAUCAAAGUGACUGAUAAAAUUAACCCUACAACUCCAGGACGGACGAACCAAAGCAAACUUCCAACUAAGAAAGGAGAUUUUCUCUACACCACACCUGUCACUCGACACACCACAGAUACGAAUAUCCAUCCACCCAGUAAUUCCAAUCCGACAACAACCCUUCAACCAAGAUCCAGAAGCCGCCUCAGCUGGACGGAGAGCCCCGCUGACCAACCCAAAACCACAAAGAAGCCAGCAGGUGUCUGUAAGGAUACGGUAGCGAGCAUCUCAGAGCCGGCCCAACAGAACUCUUAUGGUCUCCGUGAUGGUGCCUGGAUGAAAGAUGCCCGUGGCCAUGGCAAAGUCAUCUAUCUCACUAACGGCCUCUUUGGAAACAAUCUGCUGGAGUUUAGAGACAUGGACACCUUUAAAUCAGGCCAGCCAAGUAAUUCGUACAAGCUGCCGUACGAUUUCACCGGAACAGGCCAUGUAGUGUUUAAUGGAGCGUUCUUCUACAACCGGGCGUUCAGCAGGGAUGUGAUCAGAUUUGACCUGAGACGCAGAUACGUGUCUGCUUGGACAACGCUCCAUGAUGCUAUCCUGGAGGAGCAAACUCACAGGACAGAAACUGAAGUGGAGUUUGCCGUGGAUGAGUCUGGCCUUUGGCUACUGUACCCCGCUCUGGACACAGAGGGUUUCCACCAGGAAGUAAUCCUCCUCAUCCACCUUCAUCACCGAGACCUUCAGCCCAUCCAAACCUUCCGUACAGGGCUCCGACGCGGCCGCUAUGGCAACACAUUCCUGGUUUGUGGUGUGCUGUAUGGGGUGGAUAGCAUGGAGCGCCGUUACGCCAACGUUACAUACGCCUAUGACACGCACACCUUCACACACACUGUACCCAGCCUAGCAUUUACAAACAUGCAUUCACAUACAUCCCAGGUGUCCUACAACCCACUGGACAAAAAGCUUUACGCCUGGGAUGGCGGACACCAGAUGAACUAUGAUGUCAUCUUUGCUUAUUUGUAAAAUGAGGGACAAAGAGAAUACAUUCUUAAUUCAGUUUGACAUAAGAUCGUACUUAGCUGACAGAUGAAGAAAGAUUCUAACGGAAGGUGAAAGUCAACAGUGUUUUGUUUUCUUGUGAAUGCAGAUCUGUCAGCUGACUUUCUUUUGCCGCCACAUCUGCUCUGAAUACUCCUCCUAUGAUCCGAUCUGAGCCUUUGUGCAGCAGCCGCCCUGGAAGUUCAUGCUUUAAAAGAAAAUACUGAGAAAUUAAUCAUGCAUGACUUAGCUAUUAAAAUACAAGUUUUUAGAGAUGCAAAUAAAAGAAAUCAAAUUGAUGUAAAUAAAACAUUUGAAACAGAAAUGAUUAAGAAAUACAGAGUGAUGAUGUGUAGACAGAGUCACAUAUUAGGCAUGAAUUGAGGCUCAGAAACAGCCAGAAAACAUCUGCUUUCUGAAGGUUUCCACUAUUUAAAAUCGAUCUGUGACCUUAUAACCUUGUGAAGUUAGGUAUAUAUUAUCUGUUUUGAAGCAGCUUGGAAAAUCCUGAUGAUAAAUAAAUAUUUUUUGUCUAAAGUUAAUUCUUAAGAAAGUCUUAAGCCUGGCUCUCUGCCAGGACAAAAAAUUAGUAAAUCCUUGAGACCAGAUACAGUACUUUAAAAUCAGGUAGUGUUUUUUGUUCUAUAAACUUUAGUUACAUCCAUUUUACUGAAAGUUUAAAUAAUAAAAAAAAGGGUUCCACUUUGUCAAAACUAACAUUAUGCAUUGAGCAAGUGGAUAAAGUUUUUACUUGAAGUCAAAAUGAUGCAGUUAAGUGUUUCAUUAAAAUGUUUGCUUGUUGUAACUUUUCCUGUAUUUGGACUUUUGAUACAGAAUGUAAAGACAUUUAUUUAAAGUUUAUACCUUGCACAGUUUCUUUGCCAACCCCAAGUCAAGACAAGGUUGACCAUGACCGCUUUUCAUUUUGUUAAUUU